GGUGAAGAGGGAGCUCAAGACAAACGAAGGAAGAAGUGACCCGGACGCAAUCGAACAAGUUCGGUAGAGGUAGUCUGGACGCAAGACCUUGAUGGUUCGGGAAUAUCAUCUCCGACGGUCCACUCGCCUCCCACUCGCGUGGCCGCCAUCGACCGGUUCCCGUGCUGUUCUUCCUCAUCGCGCUUCCUGCUGCCUCCACCCCGUCCCCAAUCUUUGCCCAUUGGGUCCUGAGAACAGCGUGUUAGCUACCGAAGCGGUCAUGGAAGUGGUUUCUUCCGGUCACUCUUGCUUAGCAUUUCGUCAAACACCUAGCGGUGCUUGGAGGUUGAGUGGCACGGGUCUUGGUCCACAGCAUAUCAAGCUUGCUCGGCCAAGAAAAACUUCAAUUCAUUGUGUUCGGACAGGGGGAGCUUCGAAUCCUGGUGAUUCUGGGAAGCUUCAUGUCAGCCAUGUGUUCCACGUAAGUGACAUCGAUGCGGCUCGCCAAGGUAUUGCCAAGAAGGCCGGCGAGGUCGAGAAAGUGAUGAUUCCGGGUCUGCCAGAAGGAGCAGACGGUUCCCAAAUCAGUACUGGUUUGUGGGAGUGGAAGCCCAAGCUGACGGUGUACUACGAGAAGUCUGGCAACAAGAAUAGCAAGGCGCCAGCAGUGCUUUUCCUACCAGGUUUUGGAGUGGGCACGUUCCAUUUCGAGAAGCAGUUGAAGGAUCUUGGUCGUGAUUACAAGGUGUGGACAAUGGAUUUUCUAGGGCAGGGAAUGUCACUACCUUGUGAAGAUCCUGCUCCUAAGAAUAUGGUAGGGGAUCAUGAUGGGGAAUCAUAUUGGGGUUUUGGACAAGAUUCAGAACCAUGGGCAGAUGAAUUGGUUUACUCUGUAGAUUUGUGGCAUAACCAGGUUCAGCAUUUCAUUGAAGAGGUUAUUGGUGAACCAGUUUAUAUUGUGGGAAACUCUCUUGGAGGUUUUGUUGCUCUAUAUAUUGGUGCAUCCAGUCCACACCUUGUAAAAGGUGUCACAUUGCUUAAUGCAACACCAUUUUGGGGUUUCCUUCCGAACCCUGCAAGAUCUCCUCGUUUGUCAAAGAUUUUUCCAUGGGCAGGGACAUUUCCUCUUCCACCAUUUGUGAGGAAACUUACUGAAAUAGUGUGGCAGAAGAUAAGUGACCCGAGAAGUAUACAAAACAUACUAAGGCAAGUAUAUGCUGACCACUCAACAAAUGUUGACAAGGUUUUUUCGCGUAUUAUGGAGACAACUGAACACCCAGCUGCUGCUGCAUCAUUUGCCUCCAUUAUGUUCGCUCCAAGGGGUCAGAUAUCCUUCGAGGAGGCACUCUCUAGGUGCCAAAGUCAGGGUAUUCCCAUUUCUCUUAUGUAUGGGAAAGAAGACCCUUGGGUUAGACCUUUUUGGGGUAUUAAAGCCAAGCAGCAAGUGCCAGAAGCACCCUAUUAUGAAAUCAGCCCUGCUGGUCACUGUCCCCAUGACGAGGUUCCUGAGGUUAUAAACUAUUUGCUUCGAGGGUGGCUUAAGAAUGUGGAGUCUGAGGGUUUAGUUGACCUCCCAUUUCUUGAAGAUCCCAGCUUUGAAGAUCAAGGUGUAUCGAGGGAGCUGGAGUUUGUUAGAACAGGUUCCAGGAAAUCAGUUAGUGUGAGGCUCUUUGGUUCCAAAACAUCGUUGUGGAGCCAGCUGACCUCAUUCUUAAAAUGGCAUGCCUCCAACGUCACACGAGCAAUGUCUAGAUAGUUCAUUCAUAGUUUGUUUAGAUAUUAGAAGCUUCAGUUGUAUGUUGUAUUCAUUAUUCUUUAUGUGAAGAAGUCAGAUUGAUGCCUAGAUGUACUACGGUAGAAAAUUUUAAACAUUUCUAGUGAAUGUGAAUAUGUACAGUUCAGAGCUAGUAUUGAGCGUCAAAUAGCUGCAGUGGUUGCAUUCAAAGGAAA